CAAGUUGUCACUUGACGUUUGACGGUGGCGAGACGCCAGGCGCAACUACAGUUGUGAUUUAUUUAAGACGCUUUUCACAAAAAGCACCAUGAAAACAAAAGUUCAAGCCCAACGCAAGUUUGCUCAGGGAGCUUAUGUGCCACCGAGUGCAAAUAUUAUUAAUACUGUUAUAAACAGGCGAGUUAAUAAUUCUAAUGGCAAACCAAAUAGAUAUUUUUUUCGUCAUAACACAUCUGCGGGAAGACUUUUGGACUCAAUUUCAUUUGAAGGUAUUCACACACAUAAACCAGUAGUUGUAUUAGAAAGAUUAGAGAACCAUCAAUUUCAACAAGUGGACAAUGAACCUGAUGAUCCCAGUGACAUAUUGAUACCUAUUAAUACUGUAUCUACCAAAACACAAGUUACGACAGUCUCAAGGAGAUUACCUUCACUAAGAAAUGCAUCAAACCGGAAUUCAUCAUGUUUGUGUUCGAGAUCAAGAGUUGAAAAAAAGAAAAUUAUUUCAAAAAAGAAACCUAUUAAACAUAAUUAUCCUCUAAAAAGAAUCAGACGUAAACCAACUAGAAACAGAAAAUUUUAUAUGAAGUUGAGAUCAGCCAGACCAGCGUCUACCGUAGAUACAGAUUUCUCAAUUGAAGACGAUAAGCCCUUGAUGUUCUACACCAAGAAAACAAAACGAAUUAUCAAAAAGCAAGAAAAACAACAGAAGGUUCCACUGAUGAGCAACAAAGAAAAUCCACAAAUGAAGCAGGCUGCGCCGAAUAUUCAACCUACGAAUGUUGCGAUUGGUGCCUCUCAACUGGAGUCAACAGCUCACAGUUCACAAUUUCAGACUAUGAGGGACCGUUCUGAAUCAGAUGUUCAUUUACAAGUCAUACAAAGUGCUGAUGCCUCUCAAUCGGAGACUGUUAUUCAACCACAACCUCAUACUAUAAGGGCGGGCGUCUCUCAAACGGGGUCUGUAUUACAACCGCGAUCUCAAACUAUGAGGGCUGGUGUCUAUCAAUCGGCACCUCAAUCACGAUCUCAUACAAUGAGGGCUGGUGUCUAUCAGUCGGUACCACAAUCGAGAUCUCACACUAUGAGAACUGGUGUCUCUCAAUCGGUACCUCAAUCGCGACUUCAUACUAUGAGAGCUGGUGUCUAUCAAUCAGUAGCACGAUCGCGACCUCACAAUAUGAGGGCUGGUGUCUAUCAAUCGGUACCUCAAUCGCGAAGUCAUAAUAUGAGGGAAAUACCUGGAGCGUGUCCACCCGAGAGAGUCCAAACUUAUCGACGGCUAAAACGAUACCGCAAUGAAUCUGCUGCUCAUUUACGAGUCGCGCAAACUGCGCGUGCCUCACAAUUCGACUCGAUAAAAGAAUCAAAACCUCAGUCUGUGAUCGAAAUACCUGAAGAGGACAUGGCAGAUGACUCUUAUCCAGUGAAAAGUAAACCUUGUGCUGCCUUACCAAUAGAGUCGAAACCUCAAGCCUUCCCUCAGAAUAAAAUGGAAAUACCUAAAGUGUGUGCACCUAAACCAGAGAAGUCUCUCUCACCGAAAAGUACAUCUUGUGCCUCUAAAAUUGAAUCGAAACCUCAAUUCCCUCAGCCUGUAAUGGAAAUACCUGAAGCGUGUGCUCCUAAACAUGAGGAGUUUUCAUUGAAAAGUAUAAAUCGCUCUGAGUCGAAAGAUCCUGUACAAGUCAUGCAAACCAACGAAAAACACCAAAGAGUAUCUGUUACGACACCCUGUCCGGAUUAUACAAAUAAGAAUGUCUCUCAAACAAACGAUUCUUCGUUUUAUGGGAAUAAUGGAAUAGCAAACUGGAUGUGUAAUUCACGUGCAGUAAAUGAAGUUCCCAAUAAUGAUACAGCUGAAGUCAAAGAAGAAAACGGUACAGCAUCGGACAACAAUCAUCCUCUUCAAACAAAGACAAAUGGAGCGGACGACGGAGCGGUUGCUGGUCCUUCAACUUCGUUAGAAAAUGCCGAGCAAUGUGAUUCACCUACUGGAAAAAAACAAAACGGCAAAAAGAAAACUAGGACAACUAGACGAAAGAAAAAAAUUGGUCCUAUUAAAAAUUCAGAUGCCAAGAUAUUAGAGGCACCUGUGUUUCGGCCGAACGAAGAAGAAUUUCGAGAUCCAAUAGCAUAUUUCCAAAAAAUAAUGCCAGAGGCGGCUAAAUUUGGUUUGUGCAAAGUGAUUGCCCCAUCAGGUUUCAAACCAGAAUGCACGAUUACAGACUCGAUUCGUUUUGUAGUAACGAAUCAAUAUAUUGCAAGACUAUACAGUCGAUGGGGUCCAGUAACACGUGAACUAUGUGCCUUGCGCUCAUUUUUAACAUCACAAAAUAUUACGUUUUCCCACGCGCCCUUAAUGGAGGGCUUAGAAGUAAAUUUGCCUAAGUUAUUACAUUUCGUACAACGACAAGGUGGACUCAAGGCGAAUGUAAAAAGCCGCACAUACGUAGAUACGAGGAAGUGGAACAGACUGGCAGAGGAACUUAAUUACACAAAAAUGAACAAUCCAGCAAAAAAACUGGAUCAAAUAUAUGUGAAAUAUCUGCUACCGUACGACGCCCUCACUCAAAAGGAACGGCAAGAUCUAGCCGAGCAAAUGGAUAAGAGAUGGUCGAAAAGAAACGAUAGAUUGUUACAACGUGCGCAAAACCCUCUACACCGUCAAAAGAGAUUACUAGGGGAGUCUGAUUCAUCGGAUGAUGACGACUGUGAAGAAAACCAACAAAUAACCGCAGCGCUCAACGAAGCCGAAGAGUGUGUGAUUCGUGGACGAGUCAUGAAUCUUACUAAUUUUAAAAAGAUAGCCAAGACUGCGCUCCAAAUAUUUUUCCCAUUGAAACCAACGACCUCCGAAGUUGAAUCACAAUACUGGAAGCUCGUGCUCCUCGGCAAUGAGCACGUGUGCGUCAACACCGCGUCGAUCGAUACAGGCACUGAGGGUUAUGGGUUUAGUAAAAAUAAAAAUGAGCCCUACGGCAAACAUCCGUGGAAUUUGAAGAUGUUGAGUCAGAAUAAAGGCAAUGUUCUCCGUUCGCUCGGACCUGUACUAGGAGUGACGGUUCCAACCCUCCAUGUCGGUAUGAUCUACUCGACGAGUUGCUGGCAUCGCGAUCCUCAUGGUCUGCCAUGGAUGGAGUACAUGCACACUGGACCUCAAAAAAUAUGGUAUGGUAUACCAGAUACGGAGAGUGCCCGAUUCCGGCGCGCCGUAGAGAGCCUUUGUCCAACUGCUUGCCAGAACAAGUCGAUAUGGCUUCCGUCAGACAUUGCAAUGAUCCCGCCGACUUUGUUGCUAGAACGCAACGUGUCAAUGUCACGCAUAGUUCAGAAACCUGGGGAAUAUAUCAUAGUGUUCCCGAAAGCUUAUUCGUGCUCUAUCUGUACGGGCUACACGAUCUCGGAGAGUGUUUACUUUGCAACUAAUCCUUGGGUUAAAACUGUUAACUAUGUUUUUCAAGAGUUGCGUCAGAGUUGUGAACCGACGAUGUUCUCGCUAGAACAACUGCUGAUUGCUAUAGCUCGCGACGAGGGCGCCUCACUCACAAUGCUGCAGCUGGUGCACGAGAAUUUCUCCGCUAUUCUCUCUGAGGAGCUCGAAAACCGACGUCAGCUUGAAAAGCAUGGACUUAAGCCUCGUGUUCUUCAAUCCGAAAAACGAAACGCAGCCGGAGCGUGGAACGUGCACGAGAACGAAUGUGAAGUUUGUCGUACAACGCUAUAUCUAUCCCGGGUGAAAGGAGUAUUUCGCAAGAAGUAUUCAGUCUGCCUACGACAUGCUUUACAAGUUCUUGACAACAAGGUUAAGAAAAUCGAAAGACGCGAGACGGAAACGUUUGAAAUGGAAUAUUUCUUCACAACCUUCGAAUUAAAAGAAUUGAUCUCAUCAGUAAUACAACGCUUAACAAAACAACCUGAAAAGAAACAACAAGACAUUAUAUAAGAUUAUAUUAAGUUUUAAGCCUAUUUUGUUGGCAAGAACUAAACCAAACUAGUCUUAAAUUUAAUUUAAAUUUAGAAAACAUUGUAUAUCACAACACUAAACUAAAAUAUAAUUGAUAAGCUGAAAUGAUUAUAAUUAAUUUCACAUUACAUUUACAGCGAAUAUUUUCCGGUGUUAAAUGCAUAACAAUGUAAAUAAACCUUUACUUAAAGUCCGACACUGAGAUGAGUUGCGUUCCUUACAGGAGCAAAAAGUUUUUUUUUUUUUUGUAAUAAAAGAGUGUCGAUCAAACUGCAUAAUUGUGUCAUUUUAUAAUCUAGAAAUAAUUAAUUGUAAUACCUUAUAUUAAUACUAAAAUUAAAGACAGACAGACAAUUUUUUUUUAAAUAUACAUAUGAAUAAACAUUAUAGCGCCUUUAUACAGGUGUUUAUUGUUGCAAAAUUAUGACAUUGGUUCUCUUUCAUAUUAUAAUCUAAGAUAAUGUUUAUUUAUUUUAGUUUAGAAAUUGAUCGAAUAGAAUUGACAGACUCUAUCUCUUAAAAGUUGAGAUGUCUAGACUUUAGAGAAACUUUUUGACCGUCAACCAUACACAAUAAGUUAAAGGCUUAAAAAAAAACGUUUAUUUCUUCAAAAGAAAAAUUUAAGACUACUAAAAUGUAAUAUAAGGUACAGAAUACAUUUUACUGUUUAAAAAAUAUUAGGUAUUUAGGUAUUUUCCUUUAAGGAUACCGUCAUUGUGAAAGCAAGUCUGAUGUAUGUGACUAAUACACAAAAUAUUCUAGUACACUUUGUCAUACUUUAGAUAUAGUUUUUUUACCCUAAUUAGACAUUACAAUAGGACAUUUCCAGGACUGUAUAAUAAUUAUUUUCGGUAAAUUU